UGAAAGCCUCUGACUUGUCCCGAACAGCUUCAAGCCCGCUACCGUUCUUGUUCAUGUGCACGCUCUGCGUCGUCAGCGCGGCCACAGAUAGCUUCCAUUCCCGCAUCGAGGACGUGGCUGCGCAUCGCGUUCAGUUCAGUUCACGUUUCUCCGACCGGAUGCUUGAGCAGCGAGCUCUCGUCGGGCGCAUGUACUGGAGAUUGCAUGGGGCGGUGAUUACCUGGAGAGUUUCCUGCUCUGAUUUUUGAAAGCUCGUUGCGUACUUGCUCCUGCCUGAGAGGAUUGGAAAUCCCUGCACACAUCGAAGCAGCAUAUAGUUCUUUAUGGCCAACUAUUAUGAUUUAGAUGACAUUUUGACGGAAGAGGAGACUGUUAAUGUCCACUUCAGAUUCGAAGCUGCCGGCCUUGGCGUACUAGAUCCAGGUUCCGAGCAUGAAAAUAUAGAUGCCGGAUCCGAUGUCGAUAUUCCCUUAUGGCUCGCACAUGAUCUUUGCAACAGAAAAUUUGUCACCGUCAAGUUACCUUAUUUCUACAACGAGCGAGUGAAGAAGGAGAUUCGAGCUGAUGCUUCAUGCGUUGACUUGCGAAGAUGGUGCCCGUAUUUUUACGAAUUGGGCUUGAAACUAGCUCCAAUGUCUUCGGAUCCAACUUUGGGAUCUUUCCUACUCUACUGCCUUCAGGGCCGUUACAAGGAAAUGCUGUGCAAGUCUCACACGGUUGCUCUGACCACUGCUCCAAAGUUUGUCACAUUGUUGACCCAGGAAGAGUUUCAUUUAUUUGAGGCAGCUCGUGAUUCCAUGAAAGCGUUCAACAAGUGGAGGUUUCAAGGUUGCAGACUUGAGCGCGCUGCUGUACUGGGCAGAAAAAGGCGCCACAUUGCCGUUCUCUCCCCGUUCGAGCUGUCUUGAGUGAAAGUCCGUGAAUUCACAAUUGAUCGAUUCGAUCGAUCAACAGUCAAUCAUCUAUGAAGAGAAUUCACAAAUGAUGGAUCCAAUCUAUGACGAGACGUGGAGAGCUGACAUUGGUGAACACACACAAUUGAUUCUUUCUAUCAAUUAGAGGGGACAAGAGCUCGUGUUCUUCGGCUCUACAACAUGCGCUCAUUUCAGAUGUACAGAGGACAGCCCUUGGAAGAUUGUACAGAUAAAUGACGGCCUUGUGACUCUUAGAAAGGAGUACAGUGACUGAAACAAAGUUAAAUCCUCAUCGAAUGGAGUUAAUCGACAUAAUCCAAUGUAGUUGAGGCCUGCAGUGAACACCUACAUAUAGAUUGAAUCCAAUUUAGAACUGGAUUCAAUGAAAGGAAUCCAUGCUAGUAGUAGGAGGUCGAAUGUAAUAGAAUAAUGUAAUGGUUCUCAAAUGACGAAUGGAACAACAGAUCAACUCAAUGUUCCACACAUUCACCAAGGGAACCCGUGUCCGUAUAGUAACAGAUUUCGAGUGACGCUGGCAUCAACACACCAUAAAAGUUGGCAAAGCAAGCAAGUGGUGCAAGUUGUGGCAGAAAAGAUGAAAGUGGCUUCUCCCUUUUCAGCAUCUUGAAGCAUGGGGUGGUGCUUGUCGCCCAACAGUGGCGGGAUCACAUUGAUAACAUAUAGUCAUCUCUCUUUGGGUGGUCGGAACGUGUGCUCCUACAACCCCAACACUUGACAUGAAGGAUUCGCAGUGCAAUACGGAGGACCAGUGUGUGGCUUCUAUGGUCUCUAAUCUUGACCAAGUCGGCGCAAACUGCCUGUACAAAAAGUCGCAUUGCCUUUUAUGAUAAAGUCAAUGCGAGAACGACCUUUGCUGACGGAUAUCGUAAACUCUUCGACACACACAGAUGGACGAGUGACGUGUAUAAGCAACCUUCAAUGAACACAAAGAGGCUAGAAAUCAAUCUGUCGAUUAGGAGGCCUAGAUUCGGAGGUUCUCAGCUCUCUAGUUUCACUCAGAACAGCGCAAAGCUUUACUCAGAUCUUGCAACAAGGUCAAAAGCCACAUAUUGUACGUUCACACUUCACCUUGAUUAAAACCUCUAGAAAACAAUGGAUCUCGGUCACAAUGGAGGUCGAUACAGCAAAAUCAAAACAGCUGUAUCAAAAUACAACAGAUUCCUUUUGGAACAUCAAUCCUGUAGAUCUUCCAGCGGGAAGAAAGACUGGGCCUUUAAGGUGAAGAGAGGACUUGCUGGUGAGUUUUGCCAACGGGAUGCAGUCAAUAAUGUGAUGUUGACUAGCAUGAAACUUCUGCUCUAGUGGCAGGGUAUGGUUAUACGAAAAUGAUUUUAGCCCUUGCACUUGAAGAUGACCGGGAGAUGGAGCAACUAGAUGAGAGAAGAUGGAGAUUUGGAGGAAGAAAUGUACAUGGGUGAACUAGAUGGGCUACUCCAGCUCCAACUCUGGGAAAGUUUGCUCCCUCAGAGUAGCUUUGUGUGGGUUGAAGCUGAAGCUGAAGCAAGCUCCUAGGAGUCGGUUCCAGAAGCUUGAGGAUGCAACCCUUCACGAGAGCACGUCCAGACUUGAGUGUCUACUACGAUCAUGAAGAACUAACUCUACAUAAUAAUUUAUGUAGUUCGUGCACGUCACGAAAUUUCUACCCUACCCUGUCCUGUAGUAAUGAUUGUUCAUCGCAUCAUUUGAAUUACUUUUGUAUACAUGAUCAA